GAGGGGGGCGAGUCACGCGAUUUCCGGGAACCCGUCAGGAAGGGACAUAAACAAAACAAACCCCGAAGCCGCAUGGAGGGUCCGGGCCGGAGCGCGCGGGGCGGCGCCCCCUGCUGAGCCCCGGCCGCCCGAAGUCUACAAAUAGAAGAGCUCCAUCAGGGUGAACUAAAGUUAUCCUAAGGAAAAAUUUCGUUGCAUGGAUUGUGUAAACUCACUGAGACUGAAGUAAAGCUGGAAAGGAAUCUACAAGUGAAUAAAACAAGAAGUUUGGAAUUGGAUUUGGGGAAUCUGGGCUUGGAAAUGCCUCAGCCCAGUGUGAGUGGAAUGGACCCUCCUUUUGGGGAUGCCUUUCGGAGCCAUGUGUUUUCAGAGCAGACUCUGAUGAGCACGGAUCUCUUGGCAAGCAGUUCAGAUCCAGACUUCAUGUAUGAACUGGACAGAGAAAUGGACUAUCAGCAAAGCUCCAGAGACAACUUACUUUCAAUGGAGGACUGCAAAGACCUUGAGAACUUGGAUUCUUUUACAGACAUCCUGGAUAAAGAAGCUGCUCUCACCUCAAAGUGGGAACAGUGGGACACCUACUGUGAAGACUUAACUAAGUACACUAAAUUAACCAGCUGUGACAUUUGGGGAACAAAAGAGGUGGAUUAUUUGGGCCUUGAUGACUUUUCAAGCCCUUACCAAGAUGAAGAGGUGAUAAGCAAAACACCGACACUGGCUCAGCUUAACAGUGAGGACUCCCAACCUGUUUCUGAUUCACUCUACCCUGAUUUGCUCUUUAGUGUAAAACAAAACCCUUUAAAUCCUUUGUUACCUGGCAAAAAAAUUGCAACCAGAGCAGCAGCCCCAGUCUGUUCCUCCAAGAACGUUCAGGCUGAGGCACCUUUGUCGGACUGUGUUCAGAAGGCAAGCAAACCUGCGACUCAGCCUGCUUCCAGUACACAAAUCAUGGUGAAGACCAAUGUGUACAAUAACGAAAAGGUGAACAUUCAUGUUGAAUGUAAAGACUAUGUUAAAAAGGCAAAAGUAAAGAUCAAUCCUUUACCACAGAGCAGACCAGUGCUGAGCCAGACACAUGCUGAUGCAGCAAAGGAAAACACCUGCUAUUGCGGUGCUGUAGCAAAGAGACAAGAAAGAAAAGGAAUAGAGUCCCCGCAUAGUCACAGUACGCCUCCUGUUUUGCCUUUCAAAGAGACUCAAGAACUGCUCCUCAGUCCACCCCAGGAAACCCCAGGGCUUAUUGUGGGGGAGAGCAGUCUUUCCGCCAGCACAUCAGUGUCAGAUUCUUCACAGAAGAAAGAAGAGCACAACUAUUCUCUUUUUGUAACAGACAGUUUGGGUGAACAGUCAGCCAAAGGAGACCCUGAGGAAGAUGAGGAUGAUGAGGACGAUAUUGAAGAUGAGGACCACGAUGAAGGAUUCGGCAGUGAGCACGAGCUGUCUGAAAAUGAUGAUGAGGAAGAAGACUAUGAGGAUGAUAAAGAUGAUGACAUCAGUGAUACUUUCUCAGAACCAGCAGUAACACUUAGUGGGUCUUCAAAGGAUCCUGAAUUCUUCUCUUCUGCAUGUAGAAAUGGAGCCUUAACAACAGAAAUAAGAACUAACCUUCACCUAGAAGGGUAUGAAAAUGAUUCUGUGGAAGAUUUAAAAGAAAUGACUGCAAUAUGCUCUCGGAAAAGAGGCAAGCGAAGAUACUUCUGGGAGUACAGCGAGCAACUAACACCAUCACAACAAGAAAGAAUGCUGAGGCCGUCUGAGUGGAAUCGAGAUACGUUACCAAGUAACAUGUAUCAGAAGAACGGUCUCCAUCACGGAAAAUAUGCAGCAAAGAAGUCACGAAGGACUGAUGUAGAAGACCUGACUCCUAAUCCCAGAAAACUUCUACAGAUUGGUAAUGAAUUGAGGAAGCUGAAUAAGGUGAUCAGUGACCUGACGCCAGUCAGUGAACUUCCCUUAACUGCCAGACCAAGGUCAAGAAAAGAAAAGAACAAGCUGGCUUCCAGGGCUUGUAGACUAAAAAAGAAAGCCCAGUAUGAAGCCAAUAAAGUAAAACUCUGGGGUCUCAACACGGAAUAUGAUAAUUUACUGUUUGUGAUCAACUCCAUUAAACAAGAAAUAGUUAAUCGGGUGCAGGUACCUAAAGACGACAGAGGAGUCAACAUGGAACAAAAGUUGCAUGUACUUAUUAAAGACACUCUUGGACUACCUGUAGCUGGACAGACAUCAGAAUUUGUGAAUCAAGUUUUAGAGAAGACUGCAGAAGGAGACCCCACUGGUGGCCUUGUAGGGCUACGAAUACCGAUGUCAAAAGUUUAAGACAUGACUUCAGCAGUUCUCAUCAGUCAGAUUCUACCUGUGUUGUCAAGUACUUCAUUGUAAAUUGCAUUCUGGUCUGCAUGUCAGUUUAGCUUUAUGGAAACACUUACCUUUAGGUUCCAUUGUUUUUAAAUAACAAUGUAGUACAACAAAUCAAAGCAUGAUAUAAAAUGCUUAAUAGCAUUUUUGGAGCAUAAACCAGAUAGUUUCAAAGCUGCUUUAAGCUUAAAUACAGAGAUGAGGAUUCUUUUUAAAAUUAAGUUAUCUAGGACCAGAAUAUAUCGCUUUUAUUUUAGAAGUAAAAACAUUGUUUUGCUAGUAAAAAUUUUUAGCAUAUGCCAGACAUUGUGACAGGUUUAUGCUCCAAGUAAAAUAAGAGGAAGCAUUUUUUUGGUAAAGCUGUCGAUUUAGGGAGUUUUUUGUUCCUUUUUUUUUUUUAAUAAUUGGAUUUUCUUUUGUUCUUAAAAUACAGUGAGCUUUCUUUGCAACCAUUAACUUGUACAUAGCACACGUGGCAUUAGAGCUAGUGUGCCAUAUAAGACUUUAAUUUUCUGAGCUUAAUAUAGUAUUUAAAUGUCUGUGCAAGCAAGAGAAAAAAAGUAUAUUCUUUGUGCCUUGUAUUUUGGGGGGAGAGCUAUCAGUAUAAGCUGGUAAAGUUUUGUAUGAAGAAAACCCUGAGGGGAAAAACCGAGAUGUGCAGAUGGUAAGAUUAUAGGUUUUAAUGUAUUUGUUCCAGCUCUUAAAAUUUUUGAAUGUAUAUAGGAAUAUGUUGAAAAUGUAGAUAUAUGCCACAGAGUCUAUGUAUUGUAUAAAAGAUGGCUCUAGAAAACUCAAUUUCGGUACUUUGGCCGGAAGAAAACAAAUACUUGCACAUUAAUGCGAUUGUUUAUUUUUGUACCAAAGACAAAUGCAACUGAUAUGGCGAACUGCCAGUCUAAGUAAAGUUUUGCACAGCUUAUAUGAUACUGUACUGAAUGUAAAAACAAAUGAAAAAAGAAAAAAAAAUUAAAGGUCAGGGUUAGGGAUCUUACUGAACUGUGAAUUUUUUUGUUUGGGUCCAAUUAUCUACAGAAGGAGCAUUCAUACAUAACAAUAUUAUUUUGCUGUUCUUGUAGUUCGCUUCCAUGGUAGAUAAGUUGGUGUCCGUCUCGGAGUCUUUAGAUCUUUUUUCUCUGCACUUACUGUAGGAGAUUUUAAUAUAUUUGGAUUUUAGUAAGCUAUUGGUAAAAUAGUUUUCAACUUUGAGAAUUUAAAAAAAUAUUUAGCUUGUUGUAGUAUACUUCCACCAAACAACCAAAAUAAAAUUAUUUUUAUUGUAAUGUGUAUAUAUGUAAAGAGAAAAAAGAGCUACAAAUAUCUAAUUCCUUAGUUGCCACUUUUCCAGUUGAUGUAUUAUUAUGCAUGUGAUGUUUCCAAGAAUCAACACAAGCUUCAAACAAAACAAAAAAAAAAUUUAUAGACUUUUAUAUUUUUGUACAGGUAUUUCGAAACUAGCUUCUUCGAACUUAUAUGUGACUUAUUCUUGUUAAUUCAGUAGUUUCUAUGAUUGAGGAAUAUUAACACACAGUUCUUAUUUGCUCUUCUGCUAAUAAGAGUUGGCUUUGUAGUCAGUGUUAACGUACAGAUUAAAAGCUUUAGCCUUUGAUGCGAAAGUCCUUUAUCUCAAGGCAAGAUCAUUCUCUGGUUUCAUGGACCCCCCCCCUUUUCCUCCUUGUUCUUUCUCUCCCUAUUUAAAGAUGACAAAACACUGUUUACUGAAAAUAGAAAUACCAAAUAUUUUUAAAUGUAGCUGCUGAAAAAAAAUGCAAAAGUCCAUGAAGGCUUUUUCCCCACUCCCUUUGGGGAAUUUCUCCACUUCAUUUCUAGUUGUCUGAGUUUGUUUGUACUGUGAUUCCUUUUUGUUUAUAAGUAGAUUAUUUUUAUAUCCAAGCUUGUACUAUAAAAACAAGUCUAAAUCGGUAAUAGUGCAGUAAGAGUGGCUGAUGAAGGUGGCAGUCCUGCCACAUACUUGUGAGUGUGCACACAGCUUACUUUGUAUCUAAAUAUUUUGGAGGACUCAAAAGGGAGGAGGAGGCCAAAAUACCACUACUGAGCUGUACAGAAAGUCUUUCCUACAAGAGACUGAACAAAUACCCAGGGCAAUUUAGGCAAAACUUUGUAAAUCCACUUAAGACUUGCAAAAUCUGAGUGGAAUGUGGGUGUUUUUGUUUCAGGUGUUUUUGUUGUUGUUGUUAGGGUGAGGUGAGAUUUGGCUGCUGCUUUACACAGUGGGUCAGAUGUAUUCCUAUUGUAAUUAUUGCCAACGUUGCAGUUAUUCUGGAGAUGCAUAUGGCCCAUAAAACCCCGACAGAGAAUGUCUCUUGUGAAGUUAAGGCCACGUCUGUACCAAGAUUCGAAUACUGUUGUUCCUUUCUGAUGAAUGGUGUUAACGCACUGCUCGGAUGCGAGAGGUCCUUACGCCAUAUCCAAACUGUCGACGAGGCAGCAUUUCUAAACAUUAAAAGAGCAGUUUUGCAAUCGGGUAAAAACUUUUGUGACAAACUGACAAGGUAUUGAAAAACCCCUUUUUUACUGCUCGGCAAUACUGGGCAAAUAUAACUUUAUAGCUUUUUAUUUUUGUCUGAAAACCAGAAUAUGAUUUUGGUCUAGCAUUUCAAAGUAGACGUUGAAUCCUUAGUGAAUUCCAUACCCCUGCAUUUCAGUGUUUUCUAUGUAUUAUUUUAAGUUAAAGCUUUUAAAUAGUUGAGCUUUUUAAUGUUGACACUUUAUUUUGUACCUAUUUAUAUGUAUGUAUAUCUUAGAAAAGCACUUUGUUUAAAAAAAAAAAAAAAGAAACUGCAUUUUAUAUGAUUCCUGCCACUUGCUGCUAACUCUGGGCUGGUCAGAAUGCUGCAGCGAUACUUGAUAUAAAUAAAACCUGGCAGUAAAAUGUAGAGUAAAGAUAAGACCUUUUGCUGGUUUAACUUUAUCAUAAAGGUGACAUAGGCAAGCUGUGCAGCUUUACAUUUUAACCAGGGGACUCUGUGGCAUUUAAACCGUCUAGAAAUGGUUGUACUUUAAUGCCAGUAACAAUCUGCUUCCUCUAGUGUCAUUAAAAUAUAUACAUUUAGUGUAUACUUAUCACAAACAAAAAUCUUAUAAGGGUAUAAAAACCAACAAAUGUACAUGUUUUUGGCAAUUGUGGCAUGCAUUUUUGGAUGAUCUUUAGAGAAGACCAUUUUCUAAAGAUUUUCAAUGUUCAUACAUGGUAUGUGGAUCUUAAUGAAGUCCUGGAUUUUUUUGUUUGUUUUUGAGUGUAGGCAUUGUGAAUAUUCACUUUUAAUCCUAUAUCCAAAAAACAAUUAUACAUUUUUGAUUUAAUACAAACAAAAGCUCUUCCUUUUUCUGAUACACUGGAUUCUCUAGAAUUUGUUUCCAUAUUAAAAGCAUGCUGUCAUAACUGCUCUUGUUGAGAUCUCGCCAGUCUGAACUUAGGUGCCACACUUCGAAUUGAUGGACUGCUUGUUCUGCUGUACCAUGUAUGAUUCUCGUCCUUUCCUACUUCCUUCAUGACAGAUGAUGAUGUGGCUUUAUAUUGUGCCUUACUUGUACAUCUAGGACUAACUGUUUUUCGUUCCCUCUGAAUUCUUUAAACCUAACCCUUCUGAAAUUGAAUCAGAACUGAUAGAAGCAUCCUCAAGAAAGUCUGGAUAGAUCUGACUUCAGUUUCUCUCAAUAGUCGUCCUUUUGUAUUUAUACGGAAGACCAGUUUUUGAAUGGCCUUGCAAAAUGUGGGGGUGCUCAUGAAGGGUGUUUUUUAGCCCUAAACCCCUUUUGCUAACGCUUCCUUUUAUGGUUUAUUGAACACGUGUACUGAUAUUUGGCGAGUACUUUUUUUUGGAUGAGAGAGACUUACUACUAAAGCUAUGUUUACGUGUGGAUGGGCUGGAUUUUCUUAUCAUACCAGUUGAAAUCAUUGUGAUUUAAUGAAGUUGCAUUGCUGUAAAGCUGAUGUGAGUGAGAAUCAGGCUCAGCUGCGUUCAGUUCCUAAUUCUUUUAUAGAUAGACUUUUUUCCAUACUAAGAGGGCCAGGAAAAAGUUUUUUUUUAAAAAAAUAAAUAAACAAAAAACCCAACCCUAAAAUGGAUGAAGGGUCUUUUAACUAACCUAAAAGCAACCAGACACUUGUGAAAUAGUGGUGUCAGUUUUGACUUUAUUUUUAAAAAAUCCCUCCCCCAAAUAUUUAUCUGAUAUUUGCCUUCAUUAAUAACAGUUAGCUUAUUCACAAAAUAUAAAGACUGGACGUGCUUUUCUUUUCUGUAAAUCAUUUAAACAUAGCUAUUUUUUUAAAGCUCUAAAAGGCUUUAUCAGGAGAAUUUCAAAGGGUUGUAUACAAGUUGCCUUCAGCAGAAAUAGCAAAUGCAAUUCUGUUGCUCAAACGUGCUUGCUAGUCUUCCUGAAAUUCUGUUGAGGCAUAACCCAAUUAUGUACCAUGAAUGUUAGGAUCUGUAUUUGGCCUUGAGACCUGAAUUUCAAGAAUGCAUCUAAUCAUGAUUUUAUUUUCAUUUUAAGUUGGAGGCUUCAGUUGGAAUCAUCUAGUUAAGUGUGCUGCUAGAUGUGGUCUUGGCUUAUUGACACAGCCUUGUACACAGCUGAGGUUUAUUUUGUUUACCCCAGGGAUCGUUUGAAGUACAUUUCAAACAGUUACUGCUUCAGUGACUGAUUCUUCUUGUAACUGUAUUAAGGGCAUUAGUAUGUUGAGAAAACACCACUCUUAAUAUCUCCCAAUAUGAAUUGGGAUUCUUUAAUGUCAUUAAUGAAAGAUGGCACUUUUAGGUUAUAUCUUCUUUGCAGCAUACAAAAAUGUCUCUAUCUAUCUACAAUUUACAUUUCACAAUAUGCCAUGUUUUUUCCACCAAUGCUUCUAGCCUGUUUAAGUGUGUUUGCGCACUAAAUUAUAAUCCUCAGCCUCUUAGACAUUCAUGAGCUUCCUUCCACGAGAGCAAAUACUGACUAUGCAUUUAUUGUCUUUCUAACGAGCUGUGGAGCCAGAGCUAUUUUAAGCCACACUUUUCUGUUGGUUUUUGUUUUCAUAAAGAAAAAAAAGAAACUCCAAUCUUUUUAGAUAACGUCAGUGUUCAGAGUUUUUCUUGAGUUAAGAAUAUUCUGUAGUCGGGUAUCUGUGUAAGUCAGAUUUGUGUGAGUUACCUAGCUACAAUAAGGAAAACUUCUGGAUUGGAUUUGAUAUUGGCAAAAGCACACUCCACCCUAUCAAAAUAUUCUGAUUAAGAAACAGAACCUAGUAGUACCACUUAAUUUUAUUAAUCUUCCUUAUAAUGAUGGAUAUUCAUACGUUCUGAUUUUAAUCAUCUAUGCUCCCACGAUAUUAUGUCCAAGUAAAACUUACUGCUCAGUAUUUGUGGUUGGGUGAACUCUUAAGGCUGACGGCAUGUGUGGAUGUCAGUGGUUGACAAGCGAAAAAAAAAAAAAGGCAUUUUAAACAAAACAUGGCAUCCUGUUCUUCCUAUGCUUGGGGUCAUGAUUGUAAUGCUGUCCUUGAUAUUCUAUAAUCAACUUCCAACUGGAGCUCAGAAAAACUUACUGAAAGUCUUGUCUCUGUUAAAAAAUAAAUUUACCUUGUUAAAAGCAUGAUCUGUUAAGAGUUGCAAUGUUUAAUGUUGGUUAAUAGUUGUGCAGUUUUUAUUUUUUUGAAAAGAGGCACAAUUAAACUAUUGACUUUGUUUACUCUGUCACCCUUGAUCCCUAGCACUUCUAUUCAGAUACAAAUUCAUCAAUGUAUGCAACAUCCUUUGUAAUUUAAAAUAAAAAUUGUGGAGGAAAUAC